AUGGCGAUCAAGUACCUGCAAGAGAAGAGUGAAUCGACCAUAUCGAACACAAGACCUUGGACUGGCAAGACUGGAUACAUCACAAUCGUCGUCUGCCAACAUAUCCUACUAUGGUGCUCUCUAUAUGUGACAGCCAGCGCAAUCUAUGCGCUUGCCGUUGGCGCUGUCUUCACAAACGACAUCCCUUCGAUCGUACUCUUCAUGGUAGCUGGUGUCCUCUCAUCAGCAUACAUUGGCCUCCAGAACAUCACUACCCGCCUUCGAACGAAAGCUAGAGAUCGAUGGCAGAGCGAGCGAGCGGAUACCUGCCAAGCACUAGCACAACACGUUCUGCGGAUACUGUUCACUAUCUGGAUGGUGACGUGUGGUCUGAGCAUCACAUUCACAGCGGCAAGGCGUCCUUUAUGCGAGAUGCAUGUAGGGAGACCAAGUUCAAGCGUGACACCCCUCGACAUGGGCUCAACCUGCAUCGUUAAUCGGAUUGGCAUUAUUGUCAGCUGCAUUGCACUGCUCGCCUGUGGCGGACUCUUCGUCCUCGUCCACAAAGUCAGCGACUCCUCUCGCGCUCACCUUCUCGGCAUCGUCCAGGAACAAGACCUGAUGCCAUUCUCCCUGCCAUAUCGUAGUACCGCCGACCGACGCCUCGGCUCCGAGAUGUCCUUCAAGUGCCGAUCUUCGACAUCGCUCGCAUCAAGCACACUCCCCAUGCCUUGGUCAGCUUCGACAGCCUUCCUAGUAGAGCCGCAGCAUAGACACUCGCAAGGACUGGGCAUAUACACAGGACAUCGAUCUGCGCCUUCACUGCUCAGUGCUCGGCCUUCGCUGUCAUCUAUCAGAUCGCAUGCAAGCUUGAGCUUACCUCCUCCACCGACAUCACCCUUACCUCCGCUGCCGCCUUUGCCAGUGCACAUACCCAACAAGUGUAGAGCAACCAGCGCUCUACCGGCACUCACACUGCAAAAGGCGGUCUACCCGCCACGAUCGACUCAUGGACUACAGCCAAAGUCCAUCUUACGGCCCAAAUCAUCGCAUGCACUGUCAACCAACAAUCUGGCAGUCCUGGCCAAAGGGAAUACCUCGCAACAGUCACUCUCGAGCAUCUACAGCAGAAGCAUCAGCGGCGAGCAGAACAGCCCCCUACCACCUGGUAUGGCAUACAGUCCGAACGUCGGCGCCAGACAUAGCUCCUUGCCGAGAAUGCCGAGUAACAUGAGCAUGAGUAGUCGUAGCUCAAGCUCAACCAGUACAGCCACCAUUAAGAGGAGUCCGCUGGGAAAUAUGACGCUGGCAGAACCGUAUGCCAAUGAUUUACCCCUGAUAAGGGUCGACUCUCAUGAGGUUGAUGAGGCGGUACAACUGCAGCGGCGGCUGAGGUCAGAAAGGGUCAGCGUUCGAGCAGGCCUGGUGAAGACGUCUGAGCUGGAGGGGUAUGUUGAUAGGCACGGUGACUUGAGCCGCAUUAGCUAUGAACCAUUGAAUGUGGGAAAGACAAGCCAGGAGACUGGCCAUCAGACAAUAGGACGUUUGAUAUAG